UAAAAAGUAAUGAAAAACAAAAAAACCCUAGAAUUUCUCCAUUCUUAAUUCUCCGUCACACUUACCUUCUCCCUCUCCAGCGUUCACGCCACUCUCUCUUCCCUUCAGCCCUCCUUCUCCAUCCUCCAUUGAAGAAUAUUGAAAAGCUUGAAGCUUCACAUCCAUUCCGAAAAACUGCAUAGCCGCUGCCCUCUGUUGCUCCCAACGCCGCCGCCGCCUCCCUUUUAGGGGCAGUCUGCCGCCGUCGCUCAUAUUUCGGUCGUUGCACUGCUGGAAACUGUGAAAAAGUUCCGGGACAGGAGCAAUGGCUGCCGCUUUUGAAAUUACAGCAGCCGGAUUUGCACAGGGUGCAUACAGGCAGAAAUUGGUUUUGCCUAAACAUUCCUUUAGGCAAGCAAACUGCUUACUCUGGGGAAGGUUUCCGGGAAAGCAGCCUCCUUCUGUUAGAAUUUCCCGUGUGUCAAGGCAAGUGAAGGUCAAAGCAGUGAUCUCAAGGGAUGUAGACAAUUCAGUGAGCGCAGAACUGGAAAAGGUUCAGAGGGUUGCUGCGAAGGUUGUGCAUUUCUACCGAGUUCCUUUACUACAGGAUAAUGAGGCUGCUGAGCUUCUGAAAUUGAUUCAGACGAAAGUUUCGAACCAAAUUGUAGGGCUGAAAACAGAGCAGUGUUAUAAUAUUGGUGUAGAAGGAGAUCUUCCCAGUGACAAGCAUUCAGUUCUGAGAUGGCUCUUGGGGGAAACCUAUGAGCCUGAGAAUUUGGGGACUCAGAGUUUUCUUGAUGAAGAGACCAGAACAAAUGCAAGUGCUGUUAUUGUAGAAGUUGGCCCUCGGUUGUCUUUCACCACUGCAUGGUCUUCCAACGCCGUUUCAAUUUGCCGAGCUUGCGGUUUGACAGAAAUAAGCAGAUUGGAGAGAUCAAGGAGAUACUUGCUGUACCUCGCCCCUGGUGCUUCGUUGGUAGAGAGUCAGAUUAAUGAAGUUGCUGCAUUGGUGCAUGACAGAAUGACGGAGUGUAUUUAUGAUCAAAAGCUCACAUCUUUUGAAAGAGGAGUGGCCCCUGAGGAAAUCUGUUAUAUACCUGUGAUGGAGAAGGGGCGGAAGGCAUUGGAGGAAAUAAAUGAAGAAAUGGGUUUGGCCUUUGAUGAGCAAGAUUUGCAGUAUUACACCAAGCUCUUCAUGGAUGACAUCAAGCGAAAUCCGACGAAUGUUGAGUUAUUUGAUAUUGCUCAGUCUAACAGUGAACAUAGCAGGCAUUGGUUCUUUACUGGAAAGAUUGUUAUAGAUGGGCAACCAGUGGAUAGGACUCUUAUGCAAAUUGUUAAGAGCACUUUGAAAGCGAACCCGAACAAUUCAGUUAUUGGCUUCAAGGACAACUCCAGUGCAAUCAGAGGGUUUCCUGUGAAUCAGUUGCGGCCAAUCCACCCAGGUUUGACAUGCCCGCUGGACAUGAGUGCUCGUGACCUUGAUAUCCUGUUUACUGCUGAGACCCACAACUUCCCAUGUGCCGUGGCUCCUUACCCUGGUGCCGAGACAGGUGCUGGAGGCAGGAUUAGAGAUACGCAUGCAACUGGGAGGGGCUCAUAUGUUGUGGCAUCUACAGCUGGUUACUGUGUUGGGAAUCUGAAUAUUGAAGGCUCAUAUGCUCCAUGGGAGGAUUCAUCAUUCACAUAUCCAUCAAACUUGGCUUCCCCGCUGAAGAUUCUCAUUGAUGCCAGUAAUGGUGCUUCGGAUUAUGGUAACAAGUUUGGUGAACCAUUGAUUCAGGGUUAUACCAGGACUUUUGGAAUGAGGCUGCCAAAUGGGGAAAGACGAGAAUGGUUGAAGCCAAUAAUGUUCAGUGCAGGCAUUGGGCAGAUUGAUCACAGCCACAUCACCAAGGGGGAGCCUGAAAUCGGUAUGCUAGUUGUCAAGAUUGGAGGGCCAGCCUACCGUAUUGGAAUGGGUGGUGGUGCUGCAUCCAGCAUGGUUAGUGGCCAAAAUGAUGCUGAGCUGGAUUUCAAUGCUGUGCAACGUGGAGAUGCAGAGAUGGCACAAAAGUUAUAUCGAGUUGUCCGUGCUUGUAUUGAAAUGGGAGAGGACAAUCCUAUCAUUAGCAUUCAUGAUCAGGGUGCCGGGGGAAAUUGUAAUGUCGUCAAAGAAAUUAUAUAUCCAAAGGGUGCUACCAUCGAUAUCAGGGCAGUGGUAGUAGGUGAUUACACUAUGUCAGUUUUGGAGAUAUGGGGUGCUGAGUACCAGGAGCAAGAUGCUAUUUUGGUGAAUCCUGAGAGCCGUGACCUUUUACAGUCUAUAUGUAAAAGAGAGAGAGUAUCAAUGGCAGUCCUUGGAUCAAUUAGUGGUGAAGGGCGGAUCACCCUUGUGGAUGGUUUAGCUAUGGAAAAAUGCAACUCAAAUGGACUACCUUCUCCACCCCCUGCUGUGGAUCUUGAGCUCGAGAAGGUGCUUGGUGACAUGCCCCAGAAAACUUUUGAAUUUCACCGAGUUGCUAAUGCUCUCGAGCCACUUGAUAUUGCUCCAGGGAUAGCUGUUAUGGAUUCUUUGAAAAGGGUAUUAAGGCUUCCUUCUAUUGCUUCAAAACGAUUCCUGACUACCAAAGUUGAUAGGUGUGUGACAGGCCUUGUUGCACAGCAGCAAACUGUGGGUCCACUUCAGAUUACACUUUCUGACGUUGCAGUAAUUUCUCAGAGCUAUACUGGCAUUACAGGAGGUGCUUGUUCAAUUGGGGAGCAGCCAAUCAAAGGUCUUCUUAAUCCAGGAGCUAUGGCAAGGCUAGCCGUUGGAGAAGCUUUGACAAAUCUUGUUUGGGCUAAGGUCACUUCUCUCUCUGAUGUGAAGGCGAGUGGCAAUUGGAUGUAUGCAGCUAAGUUGGACGGUGAAGGGGCAGCCAUGUAUGAUGCUGCCAUAGCUCUUGAAGAAGCAAUGAUUGAACUUGGCAUUGCUAUUGAUGGUGGAAAGGAUAGUCUUUCUAUGGCAGCCCGUUCAUCUGAAGAAGUUGUUAAGGCUCCUGGAAAUCUAGUUAUCAGUACUUAUGUCACUUGUCCAGACAUAACUAAAACUGUGACACCAGAUUUGAAGCUUGGUGAUGAUGGUCUUCUCCUCCACAUUGAUUUGGCAAAAGGAAAGCGGCGCCUCGGUGGGUCAGCUCUGGCACAAGUAUAUGGCCAAGUUGGGGAUGAGUGCCCCGAUCUUGAUGAUGUCCCUUACCUCAAAAGUGUGUUCAAUGCAGUGCAAAACUUGAUUGAGGAAGGCUUGAUUUCGGCUGGUCAUGAUAUCAGUGAUGGAGGAUUGCUAGUAAGUGUUCUUGAGAUGGCAUUUGCUGGGAACUGUGGCAUUUACUUGGAUUUGACUACUCCUGAGAGUUGUAGUGUAUUUGAAACACUCUUCGCCGAAGAGCUUGGCGUCAUAAUUGAGGUCAGCAAAACAAGUGUAGGUGUGGUGACGGAAAAACUUGCGGGUGCUGGAGUAUCUUCUGUGAUCAUUGGUGAAGUCACAUCCUCACCCAUAGUUGAGCUAAAGAUUGAUGGUAUCUCUCAGUUGACUGAAAAAACGUCCGAGCUUCGGGACUUGUGGGAAGAAACCAGCUUCGAGUUAGAAAAAUUGCAAAGAUUGGCAUCUUGUGUGGAACUUGAGAAAGAAGGCCUCAAAAGUCGCCAUGAGCCUUCAUGGCGUCUGUCCUUCACUCCAUCAUAUACAGAUGAGAAAUACAUGAAUGCUACUUCAAAACCAAAGGUAGCUAUCAUUCGUGAAGAAGGGAGCAAUGGUGACAGGGAAAUGUCUGCUGCUUUCCAUGCCUCAGGUUUUGAACCUUGGGAUGUCACUAUGUCUGACCUUCUUAAUGGAGGCAUCUCAUUGAAUGAUUUCCGAGGUAUUGCCUUUGUUGGAGGAUUUAGCUACGCCGAUGUACUAGAUUCGGCAAAAGGUUGGGCAGCUUCUAUAAGAUUCAACAAGCCUCUACUUGCUCAAUUUCAAGAAUUCUAUGAGCGGCCAGACACUUUCAGUUUAGGUGUUUGCAAUGGGUGUCAGCUCAUGGCACUUUUAGGGUGGGUUCCAGGGCCCAAAGUUGGAGGUGUUCUUGGGGAGAAUGGGGAUCCAUCACAACCGAGGUUCAUACACAAUGAAUCAGGACGGUUUGAAUGUCGUUUCUCAAGUGUGAAGAUUGAGAAUUCACCAGCUUUGAUGUUCAAAGGAAUGGAGGGCAGUACAUUAGGUGUAUGGGCUGCUCAUGGGGAGGGAAGAGCUUAUUUCCCGGAUGAUGACAUUUUUAACAGUGUACUUGAAUCAAGCCUGGUCCCCGUGAAAUAUUGUGACGACAAUGGGAAGCCCACGGAAGUGUAUCCUUUCAACGUGAAUGGUUCUCCUUUAGGCGUGGCAGCAAUUUGUUCCCCAGAUGGCAGGCAUCUUGCAAUGAUGCCUCAUCCAGAACGCUGCUUCUUGAUGUGGCAGUAUCCUUGGUAUCCCAAGAGCUGGAACGUGGACAAGAAAGGCCCAAGCCCGUGGCUACGCAUGUUCCAGAAUGCCCGGGAGUGGUGUUCAUGAGGUCUUUCGCUGGAAAUGUUGCACCUGUGUUGAGACGAUUAUUUUGGAGCCGAAUUCUGACUUAAUGGAAGGAGGAGGAAAUUUUGAUGUGGAAGAACUUGGAUGGAAGUACGUUUGUUUUUCAAUAUUUGAAUGUAUACACACUGAGUUUCUCCAUUGUUACAUGAAGGAGCUUUGAACAGUGAAAUGUGUUUUUGUUAAUUAAUGGUGAUCUUUUUUCUUCUA